AUGUUUGCAAACUUGGAGUUGUUGGAUGCCAUUGGACGCUUUCAGAUGAAAAACGACGACAUUUUAGUCGUCAGUUUUCCCAAAUCAGGUACAACAUGGGUGCAGGAAAUAGUGACCCAAAUAUUAGCCCUCCAAUCAACCAUCUCAACAGAUCGACACUCAAAUAUCGAGGAUAGAUUUCCAUACAUUGAAUAUCCUUACCCUGGUUUGAAGUCAUUAAAAGAUCGACCUUCACCAAGGUUACUCAAAAGUCAUCUGCCCUACUGGUUCAUGCCUCAAUCAGUUUCCAACAACGUUGGGAAGGUGAUCUACAUAGCCAGGCAGCCUAAGGAUGUUUGUGUCUCCUACUACAACUUUCUGAAGAUGAUAUCAUUCCUCAACUACAGCGGCUCUUUUCAGAAUUUUUUUCAAAAUUUUCUUGAGGGAACAGUUGCAUAUGGGCCCUGGAUUGAUCAUGUGACAUCAUUUUGGGAGCAUAGAAAUGAUCCCAACAUACUUUUCAUCACAUAUGAAGAUCUGCACUCGAAUUCACCGAAAGUUAUAAAGAGAAUUGCCGAUUUCUUAGGAACAGUGCUGACAGAUCAACAAAUCAAUGAGAUAGCUAAGGAGACAAAAUUCGAAAAGAUGAAAGACAAUCCAUCCGUCAAUUAUUCCUGGUGGGAUGAUUUGGGAAUAAGGAACAAGAAGGAAGCGAAUUUUAUGAGAAAAGGUUUAGUUAGGAAUUUUUUCUUCAUUUUUUAA